GAGAUCCUGACUUGGCGUAAGUCCAGACAAAGAAUACUUCUACCUCUCUUUCUCCUUACCAUCCUAAUCUUCCUUAGGUCACCUACCUAAUUGAUACCUGCCCGGAAUUUCCUCCCGGAUUCUGAAAUUUCUUGAGAACCGUUUUGUUGUUGAAAAUUAAGCGCCCUUGCGGUACCUCCGUAGAAGAAAAACAAAAUGUCAACAACACCAACCACCCUGAGCGGGACAACUACGGGAACUCACCACCAACAUAAUCAUCGCAGUCGCCGAAUGAAGAAUUUUGUCCUACCUGAUGGAAGGGAAGUCCAUAUAGCCAUUUCGCCUGAAGAAGCAGAAACCUUACGCCAACGUCUUGCUGCUGUGAGGAGUAAGGAUGAACCAUUCGACCUCGUAAUUUCGGGUUCUCCUGAACAUUUGGAGGCUUUGCGACAAGCUCAUUCGCAUCAUGAGAGUCGGAGAGAAGCACUGAAGACAAAACAUGGCGAUGAUUAUGAUGAGUUUGAGAAUGUGAGAUCGGAGUUGGAUGCGCUAGGUUCUGAGUUACAUAUGUUGACUGAUCAUUCGGUCUCUUUGGAUGCGAAUUUUAGUAAGUAUGGGUAUAGUGCUCAUCUGAGGACUUAUGAUGAUGGGAGUACACCCGGAAAUUCCGCGAGUAGUGUUGAUGGGUUUCAUGAUUCGGAUCAUGAGAAGAGAGAUUGGGAGAAGGAGAAGAGUAAUGGCAGGAUUAUGAAGAUAUACAGAAAGGUAAGAACUAUCUCACAAUCUCAAGAGUUCGAGGGUUCGAUUUCCACCCGAAGACACCUUACUCUUUUUUCUUCCAUUGGAAAUUCCGAACUCUGUCUGAAAACUUCAUAGCCGGUAGUCCGACAAUACUUUCACAAAGGCCUGCUUUGGCGAGCUUCAGAAACUACCGAAGUAGCAUCUUUUGAACUCUUCGUAGAUCUUCUCUAUGUUGGAAUUCUGGCUAUAAACGGAGAUCACGCCUCGGAAGAACCAAAUGGACAAGAACUCCUUCGCUUCGCUAUCACAUUCAUCAUGAGCUGGAAAAUCUGGAAUGACCUGCAGCUUAUUGUCUCAUGGUUCGAAACUGACGAUAUCCUCCAAAGAGUUUCAGUAAUCUUCAUCAUGGCUUGUCUUCUGGGGUAUGUUAAUCUGACAUCGCUCCUCCAUUUCUCAAUUCCGCUUUUGGGUCAAACUAACAAAAUACAGUCUUACAACUCAGAUGUUAGAGGCAUUCGGAGAAACCUGGUCCAUGCUCGUAGCCUUCUAUCUCGCCGCCCGUCUCUUCAUGGGAUCCUAUUACCUAAUAGUAAUGAAAACAAUUCCCAUGAUCCGCGGCAUGAUGGUAGCACAAGUUGUAGCAACCAUAAUCCCAUGCGUCCUCUGGAUCGCCUCAAUCUACGUCGAAUACCCGAAUCGUCUCGCCCUCAUCUGGAUCGCCAUCGCCCUUGACCUAGCCGGAGGAGUGCUCCCUAUAAUCUUCAUCCGCAUUGCGAAACACAUCAACGCUGGUCUGGGAGAAUGGAUGGAACAAGUUUUCGAAUUCUAUCCCGCCACCAAUAUUGAGCACAAAGUCGAGCGGACGAAUGCGUUUGUGACGCUUGUUUUUGGUUACUCGGUUGUUGCGGUGAUUUACCAGAGUGUGGCGCCUUUUGGAUUGAAUGCUUUCUAUGGGAAGGCGGUUUUAGGGCUAAUCCAGGCAUUUUGUUUCAACUGGAUUUAUUUCGAGUUGGAUGGUGCUGAUUUAUUCGCUCAUGCUAUCCGACGAAAUGCUACUGCUGGUAAGUCCAUUCAAACGUUACUCUUCUAAACUCGCUUAGCUAACGCCAUACAACAGCCAUGCUUUGGAGCACCGCACACCUACCUUUCAUCAUGGCAUACACCUUAGGCGCCGCCGCCUUAUCAAGACUUGUCAUGGCCCAUGAUUGUCCAGAUGCAGAACCCCAUAACCUAACACACUUCUACGAAGAAAAAUCCGAAGCCCACAUCCCUCUCGGUCUCCGACUCUUCUACUGCAUCGGCCUAGGCCUCGCCCUCGCACUCAUGGGACUCUUCUCUCUCACCCACGUCCACAAGGAGGGACAACGUGGGAUCCGCAUCCGAAAGGCUUAUCGUCUUGCCAACCGAUUCGCUGUCUGCAUCAUCAUAUUCUGCCUACCUGCUGCCGAACACCUCAAUUCGUUACAGUUGAUCUCGAUCGUCACGGGAUUGGUAGUUUACGUAUUGCUUAUUGAGCUUUGGGGCGCGAGUUGUCCUGAGGAUUCGUGGUUUGGGGAGAAGGGGAAGGGGAGGUGUAGGUAUACUGCUUUUCUUAAGAUUAGUAGGAGGGAUUUGGAGAAUGUGAAGCAUGGGGGGAGGAUAAAGGUUGAGGAGUUGAGGGAGACGGGGGAGUAG